GGAUGGGCACAUUUUAUGAAACGAAACUAAAGCAGGAAAAGUUUUCAUAGCACAUCACAGUGGCAGAGAGAAACUUAUCUACAGAGCAAAGAGGGAGACCACACGGCAAGACAGGCCAGACAUGAGAAACUACAGUUACCACGGCAACUGGGCCAAGAUGACGACUUGCACACCGAAGGGUAAGAGGGUUGAAGAGAAUUACGACGCGUGGGGCUAUGGUGGAUAUCAAGACGGUCAUGAGGACCUGUGUCUGGAUGACUACAACUCUGACUACACUGACUACAAGUCAGACAGACGUCUUCGAUAUUGCCACUGCGGCUGGUCCAACAUGACGACUUACCAUGGCCUGAGAGUUCACCAGGGGAAACGGGGAUGCACUCCCAAGGGUGUGGAGGUUAAAGAGCAUGACCAGCAUUAUUAUGGGAGGGGGAAUGGUGGAUAUCAAUACAAUCAGAAGGACCAGUAUCUGGACGACUACAGCUUUGACUACAGUGACUAUCCAGACAGACGCCGUCGGGUGUGCCACUGCGGCUGGACCAAAGUGACGACUUACCAUGGCCUGAGAACCCACCAGGGGAAGAUGGGAUGCACGCCAAUGGGAAGACGGAUCCCAGAGAGCGAGCAGGCCUACUGGAAGACUCAGUGGGAAAUGAGGCAAAGAACUAAUCAGCCGGCUGUGUGGGUUGAAGAGCGUGACCAGCAUUACAAUAACAAUUCAGACAGACGCCCUCGCGUUUGCCACUGCGGCUGGUCCAAAGUGACGACUUACCAAGUCCUGAGAACGCACCAAGGGAUUAUGCGAUGCACUCCGAGGGGAAUUAGGAUCCGAGAGAGCGAGCAGGACUACUGGAAGACUCAGUGGGAAAUGGAGCAAGGGUAUUAUCAGCCGGCUAAGAGUAUGAGGUCUGGCUUUUACAUGAGGGAGAUUUAGGGCAACCAGUCAAGUUUAGUUAGUCAGGCUCUGUCUCCAAGAGUUUGCAGCUGGAUGCAAGGCGGUGAAAAGCAAGCUAGAGUCUGAGGACCACAGAUCCAGGCAUGGGGUAUAGGGGUGGGGGAGGUGUGUUAGGCACUGGGGGUCAAGGGCAUGGAAGGGUGGAGGGAUUUAUAGAUCAAAAAGAGGAUUUGUAGUUGAUGCAGUAUCUAAUGGGGAGCCAGUGGAGUUCAACGAGGGCAAAGGUGGUGAGCUGUUGUAGGCGAAAACCCUUGCAGCUGAGUUUUGCACAUACAGGAGCCUGUCCAGGACCCUACAGGGGAUCCCGAACAGGACACCAUAGCAGCAGUCGAGAUGGGCGGUAUUGAUGAAAUGGCCAUGAGUUUCUGUCUUGGCUGGAGUCUUGAGAUGUUUUUUAGAUGGUAAAAUUUGACUAGAUUUGGUGAUGAUUUGAUGUUGGUAGAGUCCAGGGUGACACCGAGGUUUCGGACCUCGAGGGAGGCAGAGAUGGAGCGAGGAGGAGAUUUACAGUCUUUCGGAGAAGCGCCUCGGGCACCAGAGCCAUGAGCUCAGCCUGAAACAGCUGAGUUUGAGAAAAUUGAAUGACAUCCAGGUCUUAACCAGGGCUGUAGGGAUGAGAUGGUGAUGACAAUUUUAGAAGAAGGAUCAAUUAAUUUUCAUUGUUUCAAUUUAUUUUGCUUUUUUCUUGAAUAAUCAUUGAGACUAUCUUUACUUUAUUUGUUUACUAUGGUAUUGUAUUAUUAUUGGUGGUUGUUAUUAAUAUUAUUAUCAUAAUUAGUAUAGUUAUUGAUACUACCUAGUUCACUAGUCGCCACCACAAUAUUUCAGUAGUACCCCUUUUUAUCUAAAACUCAUUCUGCCCCCACUUCCACUGCAUAAAUCACGAUUUGGAUAAUAGUUAACAAGCAUAUUUAAAAAUAAAUCUAUUAUCUUGUAUCUAUUUCUUAAUUCAUUUGAAUUAUUCCUUAUUUCACUCAUAGUGGUGGCGAUGAUACAAUAACAGUAAUUGAUCAUUUUUUUCUUUUCAUUGGAACCAUUGUUUGUUGUGCAAUUGUUGCUUCUAUUCUAAUUUAAUUUCCUCUUUAUUUUUUAAUUUUAUCUCUCCUUCAGUUUGAUUUAUGAUCCUUUUGCCAUUGUCAUUAUACUGUUAUUGCUAUUGUUGCUUUUAUGCUUUAUUGGUAUAAUAUUGAUAACAUUUGUUUCACUGCUGCAAGCAUUAUUAUUACCCCCUUAUAUUCAUGCAUUAGUUAACGUACAUAUUUAGUCAUAAAAAAGAAAAAUCUUAUGUAUUUUUGUAUUUAUCUUUCUAUUCAUUACUUAUUAUGUCUCUCUUCUUUACAUUAUCACAUUUGUUCAUUUCUUAUAUAAAAAUAUAUAUUGUUUCUUUCUAUCUCAAAAAAAUGUCAAUACUCAAAUAAAAUUUGACAGUGGCACUACUCA